CACAGAAACGUUAAGGAGCUUUGUUUCCAGAUCCGUGGGAUUAACUAAUUGCCCCUCCCCCCGGUUUUCUCUCAUCAGUACCUUUUUUUUUUUUUUGGGCUGCUCAUUCUUGUGACGAGCUGAAACAGAGCCCAUCGCUUCUUCGAGCCCUCGGUAUCGUGAGCCCCUCGCUCGCUUGGGGUUUCGCUGCACCCCGCCGACGACCACCAUGUUCCCGACUUUCACCGGCAGUUCGCGCAAGACGCGGAACGUCAACCUCAGCGGCCAGAAAACCAUCAACCCUUUCACCAGCACAUCAUGGACGCCCAGCGCGGCUGCUGCCGGUGCUUCCAAGACAGUAGCUCAGGCCCAGGCGGAACGGUUGCAGCGGCAACAAGAGAGGGAACGGCUGAGGGCUGCCCAGCGCAUCCAGAGGACAUGGCGAGGCUACAGGUCGCGGCGGAACUUGCGGGCGUCCCGGCGGCAGGCUGUCGAUCUGCUCUACAGCGCAGGCGGACAGGCUGACGUUGAGCGGAGAGCAGCUGAGGCAACGCCCCUGGUCCUGAGCUUGUACCAAGCCUCCAACCCUGAAGACCAACAACGGCUGUGCCUGCUAGCCCGUGACCUCCUGCAGACCCGAUUCUCGUCGUUUGUAUCAGGGGCCAUAGAGCCACCUCGCCUGGGCAAGCUGGCCCAGAUCGUGCUUUCGGCUCUUGACCGGCUCGACCCAAGCACGUCGAGUUCACAGGUCCAAGUUCUCUUGGAAAGCAUUGUUGAGGUGACCAAGCUGCGGCCUCAGUUGUUGCAACCGGCGCUGGGGAGGCUGUACGGGGUCUUGGGGAGGUAUUGCCGCAGUCUCGGGCCAGACUCUCAACUCCUGGACCUCGUUCGGAGUGCGGUGGGAACACCGCUUUCGAGGAAACAUGUGCCUGAAUCUUUUACCCGGGCCGCUUAUCACGAGUUCGCUGUGUCUUUCCUGACACAGCCCGACCUGUUCUUGUUCGAGUCCAACGUUGGCUCGUUUGCGGCUGAUAUCGACGUUGACCUUCUCUCAGACACGCUCCAGGCCGCCACGGGCAUGGGUACCAAGACUGUCGGGUCUCAGGGAGGUCUCAUGUGGCUGCUUUCCCACUUCAUUGUUCUCCAAAAGACAAGAAAGCACCUCGUGCUACAUUCGCGCUCCUUGCGAGUCCUGUAUACCCUCCUGUCUGCCCUUUCGAGCCAAAUCCGCGCCGCAUUUGCGGCCUCCGAGGUGAAGCCUGCGGCGGUCGAGGCUGGUGACCUAGAAGCUAUUCCGGAACCCAUUUUGCCACCUUAUGUCUCUGACAAGCUUGCCUCGCUGACUGACAGAGAAGAGAUCAUGGGGCUCUUCGAGAAAUUUACCUCGGAUCACGGAGGCACAUCCGAAUCCGAACUGGAGGAUGCCGGAUUCCUUGCCGGCUACAUCUUGACCUUGGUCUACUGCUUCCCGACACUUGGCGACGACAUUCGGAUGCGGCUGUAUCUCGCAGACAUCCCAACCCAUCAAGGGCCGCUCCCCGCCGUCCGGUUCUUUUGGAAUGCCGUCAGCAAAACAUCCAUAUUCGGCAGGAUUGCGUCCGAUCCUGAUGCUGCCCUCGCAAUCUUAAGUCAAAAGCCUGCUUCCCACGCAGACACCCCAUGGGACCGCGAGUGGCGCACGAUCCUCCUUUUCCUCGAGCUCUAUAUCUUUGUCCUCCGUCUCACCGACGACGACGAUUUCUUUGGCAUCCUCGGCGCGUCGAAUCCAGCUGAGGGAAGGAGUACGCGUCUGCGGUCCAGCGGCCUCAACCUCCAAGAAGUGAAGCGCCUGACGACCUUUCUCAAACACCUUGGUUUCACGCUGUACUAUCAUGCUGCCGAUUUGCUUAGUUCGACAUCUUCCGCGCCGAACAACGCGAACGGCUCGUCCGCUCCUCCCUCACGGCCAAAAAGCGGCGCCGACAACAAGCGGGCAGCGAAUGCCUUGUCUUUCACCCUUACCGCAGGGGUCGAUUUUGAGGCGUUCAGGAACCUGGUCUCCACCGCAAUGAAGAUGCUUUAUGAGAGAGACUCUCGACGUCAAUUUCUGCCACACGAGCAUUGGCUCAUGACGUCAAAGUUUGACAUGGAAGGCUUCCUUUCUGCCGUUGUGCUCGAGGAGCAGAGACAGCGCGAACAAGCCGAGGCCGAGGACGAAGAUGAAGAGGGGAACGAUUUAGACGAACAGCCCGUGACUAUGUCGUCGGGCGGCCUGAGACUGUCUCGGCAAGCGCAGAUGGAGAGGAUCGGACUAGCGCGGAAACGGGCUGCACGGGAUGUUCUCAAGGCGGCUGCGGGCCCUAAGUUGGAAAUCUUGCGGAAUAUGCCAUUUGUCAUACCCUUUGACAUGCGCGUUCAGAUCUUUCGACAGUUUGUCUACCUUGACAAGCAUCGAAGGAGAGGAGGCAACAUCGAUCCGGACAGGUGGAGGCUAUGGGUGCUCAAUCAGCACGGCGGGCCAUUCGAUCCCACUUCCACCGGUAGCAACAUUAUCGGCCGCCACCAAGCACAAAUUCAGCGCGGCAGGAUCUUCCAGGACGCUCUGGAAUCCUUCUGGGAUCUCCAGGAAGGGCUGAAAGAGCCAAUACAGAUUACGUUUGUCGACGAGUUUGGCAUGCCCGAAGCCGGAAUUGACGGCGGCGGCGUAACCAAGGAGUUUCUCACGAGCGUGACGACGGAAGCGUUUGCGCCGUCUGAGCGGCUCUUUGUCGCCAACAGCAACAAUUCCUACUAUCCAAACCCCUGCGACAUGGAUCAGACAAAGAACAUGCUCCGGGAAGCACAGGUCUCGGAAGGGUCAGAAGAGUGGGCCGAAGCCAUCACCUACCGCCUCCGGCAGUACGAGUUUCUUGGAAGGGUCAUCGGAAAAUGCAUGUACGAGGGCAUCCUGAUCGAUAUCGUCUUUGCGGGCUUCUUCCUCCUCAAGUGGGCCACGUCGGCCGGCGCCGGCGACACGUACCGCGCCAACAUCAACGACCUCCGCGAGCUGGACGAGGAGCUGUACCAGGGCAUGCUGCGGCUCAAGAACUACCCGGGCGACGUCCGCGACCUCGACCUCGACUUCACCAUCACCGACCAGGUCUCGCUCCCCGACGAGCCCCUGCGAACGGCGACCCGCAACCUCAUCCCCAACGGCGAGAGCGUGCCCGUGACCAACGAGAACCGGCCGCUCUACAUCAGCUACGUGGCCCGCCACCGGCUCGUGGUCCAGCCCUACGCGCAGACGCGCGCCUUCCUCCGCGGGCUGGGCAUGAUCAUCGACCCGGGCUGGCUGAGCAUGUUCAACCAGAACGAGCUGCAGCGGCUGGUCGGCGGCGACAGCUCCGAGAUCGACGUCGAGGACCUGCGGCGCCACACCGUCUACAGCGGCGUGUACGCCAUCGGCGACGACGGCGAGGAGCACCCGACCGUCAAGAUGUUCUGGGAGGUGAUGCACGGCCUCGAGGACCGCGAGCGGAGGGACGUGCUCAAGUACGUCACCAGCACGCCCCGCGCCCCGCUGCUGGGCUUCGGCCAGCUCAGCCCGCCCUUCAGCAUCAGGGACGGCGGGACGGACCAGGAACGGCUGCCGAGCGCGAGCACGUGCGUGAACCUGCUGAAGCUGCCGCAGUAUCGUAGCGCGGCAGUGCUAAAGAAGAAACUGCUGUAUGCUGUCACGAGCGGAGCUGGGUUUGAUCUGAGUUGAAGAGAAACUUGGUUUUGUGGGGGGAGGGGGGGGAGCAGGACGGAUGGUGGCAUAUCUAGGGCGUUCAUAGGGCAAAUGGUCACGGAUGUGUCUAAGUUGUUGGUUUGUCUCACACAAACGUUGAUUUUCU